UUCUUUGUGCGCUACUUCGCCGCCCGUUCAUCUACAUCAAUUUGAUGUCACCAGCCUAUUAUAACUAGACACAACUAAACAGUGAAUCUAUCUAUCAAGCUUCUUCAAGCUUAAUCCCAACAGAAUGGCCCCCAUUCCUGUUUAUACUAACAGCCCUAUCACGGCGGCGAAGCCAGACGGCGUGACACCCAAGACCGAGCCCAGUAAGUCUCAGAGAACAUCAACGCCAACGUCAACAUCAGCUUCUACGCCGGCCACGUAUGCUGCUGCACAACCUGGCGCUACGCCGUCGCUUCCAACGCCUACCCGUGCAGUUUCUAGCUCUGCUCUGCAUACCACACCUACGACGUCGAUAGCCAGUGCUAGUCCAGCACCACCUCAGCCAGGAUCCGUCCCUGUCAGCGGCGUUCCACCCCCACCCAAGGUUGGUGAGAGAUACCAACCGCCCACACAGGAUCCCACGGCAACGAUGCCGUAUCCUGAGCAGAUGGCUAUUCCUGGCCCCACGAUACCUUACUCGCAACAGCGUGGAACGUCAACUGCAACAGCCGCGUCACCUUACCAAGCUCACGUACCCUCUGGUAACGUGGGCGCCGAGAGCCUUUCACACCCUACCGGUUAUCAACAGAAUGUGAAUGCCUCUGAAUUUGAUCGAUAUCAGAGAACAGCCAUGGAGCAGCGCGAGUUAGACGAUGGCGGAGAAGGUAUGUGGGGGGCUGCCAAAAAGCUGGCUCAGCAGACAGGCGAACGGCUUGUAGCCGUGGAGAAUGAGGUGUGGAAGAAGAUCAACAGGGAAUAGGCAGAGAGCAGCCAUACCAGUAGGUGGUAGCACCUCUAUCUACGCACGUUCAAAAGAAAAUACUGGCCUCGCCUAUCGUUUUAUCUUCGCCCUUGGGGAACUCCUCGACGCCCAAAAACCUACACGCGUACAGGGCAUUGUCCUGCUGGUUGGCCGGAACAUGAGGUGGGAGGACUCAGCUCCGUUCUAUUUGUGGCGUA